CGAAAGGCCAUGAAAGAAACUGACCCAUCAAAAAAAGCAGCUCUUAUUCAAGCCAUCGAGGAAGAUGGUUUAUUACUACAACAGAAAUAUCAGAAAAAAAAAGAACUUUCUGAUAAGUUUAAUUUUGACCCAAAAAGGAAAGUUGAUGAUUUAAUAGAAGCCAUGAAAAAGGCUAUUGAAAGAGGAGAAAAGAGAAAACCUGAUGGUUCCGGAGGCGGAGGUCAUAAAGAACCCAAUAUUUCUGAUAACGAUAGUUCUGACAGUGAUAAUGAAAGUUCUGAUGAUGAUGACAAUGGAAACAGUAAAAAGAAAAGAGAAAAAGACCCAAAAAACGACUUCUUUCAAGACAACAAGCAACUAAUUAUUAUUUCUAGUAACCCAAUUAUUACGACUUCUAAUAUGACUAAUCCCGAAGAAAUAAAAUCUAAACUUGGUGAAUUCACAGAAAAAGUAGAAGAGGGAAUUGGAACUACCUUUAUAGUUGGCCAUUCUCUUUAUGGCGAACUAGAACCCUGA